UGCUACCAAUAAUAGAUUAUAUAGUCUGACUUGGGAAGUUCAAAGUGAAGCAAGUUAUUGAUGGAAAGCAAGAGUACCUAUUUGGCAAAGCUACUUCAGUCGUGCAUUGCCAGCAAAGCUCUAUCAUCCGGCAAGGUUCUCCAUGCGAGAAUCCUCCGAGUGGGCCUUUUCUCUGACACUUUUCUCUCCAACAACCUCGUCCAAUUGUACUCCAACUGUGGUGACAUUGUCUCUGCACAUCAAGUGUUUGCUAAAAUGCCUCAAAAGAACAUCUUCUCUUGGAACGCCAUCUUGGCUGCCUACUGCAAAAACCGCAACUUGCAAGACGCGUGUUGUUUGUUCCUGGAAAUGCCUGAAAGGAACACCAUCUCGUUGAACACCAUGAUCAGUACAAUGCUACGUGCUGGCUAUGAACGACAAGCAUUGGAGACCUAUGAUUUGAUUAUGCAACAAGGUGUUAAACCUUCCCAUAUAACUUUUACUACUGUUUUUAGUGCUUGUGGUGCUCUUUUGGAUGCAGGAUGCGGUAGGAAAAAUCAUGGGGUUGUGAUCAAGCUUGGUCUUGACGGUAACAUUUAUGUAGUUAAUGCCCUUUUGUCCAUGUAUGCUAAGUGUGGCCUUUCUGGGGAUGUAAUUCGUGUCUUUGAUGACAUUGAUGAGCCUAAUGAGGUUACCUUUACUACAAUGAUGGGUGGAUUAGCACAGAUGAAUCAAGUCAAGGAAGCUUUGGAGAUGUUUAGGCUCAUGCUGCAAAAGGGGGUUCAUGUUGAUUCUGUAUCUUUGUCCAGUAUAUUGGGUGUGUGCGCAAAAGGAGGAUUUGAUGAAAGGGACAUUGGUCUAUGCAAUCAGAGUGGAAAACAAGUGCACACUCUAAUUAAACUGGGAUUGGAGGGAGACAUCCAUUUAAGCAACUCGAAGCUGGAUAUGUAUUCGAAAAUAGGGGACAUGGAUAGCGCUGAAAAAGUUUUCGCGAAUAUGAGUCGGCAUAGUGUUGUUUCUUGGAAUGUGAUGAUAGCUGGGUAUGGCAACAAAUGCAACAGUGAGAAAGCUGUGGAGUAUCUCCAGAGAAUGCAGUGUUGUGGAUAUGAACCGGAUGAUGUUACUUAUAUCAAUAUGCUAGCAGCAUGUGUCAAGUCUGGGGAUGUUAAAACCGGGCGUGAUAUAUUUGAUAGCAUGCCUUGCCCGAGUUUGAGUUCAUGGAAUGCUAUACUCUCAGCCUAUAGCCAGAAUGCAGAUCAUGAAGAGGCACUAAAAAUGUUUAGAAAAAUGCAAUUCCAAUAUCAGCUUCCUGAUCGAACUACAUUAGCAGUUAUUCUUAGUUCAUCUGCGGAACUGGGACUUCUUGAGGCUGGAAAACAGGUUCAUGCAGCCUCUCAGAAGUUCGGGUUCUACGAGGAUGAGUAUGUUUCAAGUGGUCUUAUCAAUGUGUAUUCAAAAUGCGGGAAAAUGGAGUCUUCAAAGAAUGUAUUUAAUAAGCUGCCCAAAGUAGAUGUUGUUUGUUGGAACUCAAUGAUAGCAGGGUUCUCAAUAAAUUCUCAGGACAAUGAAGCUUUCUCUUUCUUUAAGCAGAUGCGCCAAUGCGGCUUCUAUCCUUCAGAGUUUUCAUUUACUACCAUUGUGAGCUCUUGCGCAAAACUCUCUUCAUUAUCCCAGGGACGCCAGGUUCAUGCUCAGAUCAUAAAAGAUGGUUAUGAAGAUGACAUAUUUGUUGGCAGUUCUCUUAUAGAAAUGUAUUGUAAAUGUGGAAAUGUGGAUCAAGCCAGAUACUUUUUUGAUAUAAUGCCAAGUAAAAACACUGUUAUCUGGAACGAAAUGAUACAUGGUUAUGCACAGAAUGGAUAUGGUGACAAGGCUGUUUCCCUUUACAAGGACAUGAUCACAUCUGGUGAAAAACCCGAUGAUAUUACUUUUGUUGCCGUCUUAACUGGUUGUAGCCACUCUGCAUUGAUUGACGAAGGAGUUGAGAUAUUCAAUUCAAUUCAGCAAAGAUUUGGAGUGGUGCCACAGUCAGAUCAUUACACUUGCAUCAUAGAUUGCCUCAGCCGAGCAGGGCGAUUCCAGGAAGUAGAAGUGAUCCUAGAUACUAUGCCAUGCAAGGAUGAUCCAGUUGUUUGGGAAGUGGUUUUAAGCUCAUGCCGCAUUCACACUAACUUGAGCUUAGCAAAAAGAGCAGCGGAGGAACUCUUCCGGUUGAACCCUCUGAAUUCGGCAUCUUACGUGCUUCUAGCAAACAUGUACUCUUCUUUGGGAAGAUGGGAGGAUGCAAGGGCUGUCAGGCAUCUAAUGAGUGAUAAUAGGGUCCGCAAGGAUCCUGGUUAUAGCUGGAGUGAGCACAAGAAUGAUAUUCAGAACAUUAUGGAAAACAAUCUGUAGAUUAUAAUCUUCCACCUGAUUGGCAACAAGUUCAAUUAAGAAAUAUGAUAUCACUGUGAUAGUGGAUGAAAAAUCAAUGCCAUCUUUACAUUAGAAAUCCUAUACAUACAUGUAAAGCUCACUCAUUUUGUUGGCCUUGAAGUAGGAGGUGGCAGCACCUCACAUCAUAAUUGGGUGGUUCAUCACUCCAUGAGUUCUUCGCACUGCAAAUUCUUCAGAGGGUGAAAUUGGGUGCGGGCAUGUGGUUUGUGGUGCAGUUCUUUCCCAAUUUGGUGGCUUCUUUUUCAAUUGAUGCAUACAAGCGGUGGGAGUGGAAGCAGUAAGCUUGCUUUGCAAGCUGCUUCUUGUCUUAUUAAUAGCAAAGUUCAUUUAUGGGGUUGGUAACCAUAGCGAACCGAAACAUGAUAGAGACAUCGAUGGCAGCAAAGCGGCGUCUUUUCCAUGGCGGAAUGGGAUUCAAAGGUAUUCAUGGCCGCCUUCUUCCAUAAUUGCUCCAACCACCUCCGCUUUGCUCCCCAAUCUUAACAGUAGUGAUUAUUUAUACCAUUUACUAAUGUGAUGGGUCUAUUUAUAAAAUAUCGUCACGUAAAUAAUAACUUUUGGAGCGAAAUUUCACCUGUUUUGAUAGGAUUCGUAGUAAAUAGAGAGCAGUUGAUGAAGGUUAUAUAUAAACUCAAAAGAUAAUAAAUGCUUUACUAUCCAAAACUAUAUCAUUCCAUGCUCAUGUGGUUGCAACGGUACACACACCAUUGUAGAUAACGAAAUACAUUGAUAACUUUGUUUCGUUUUGCACUAUCUAAUGACAAAAGGACAUACAUGUUCACCAUUUAUUAUCGUAGAGGACCUAAU